UGCUUGACUUUUUUUUUUUUUUUGGGUGGAUCACGUGGACCGCGGGGAUGUUUUUGUGGUUGCGCACAAUCCGCGCUAUAGUUCGACCGCCUGUUGUUGUUGUUGUUGUUUUUUUGUUUGUUUGUUUGUUUUUUUUUGCAUUGGGAGGAGAAGAAGAGAGCCGUGCGCGGUGCGUCCGGUGCGCUCGCCGGAGCUGCGACGGGUUGCAACUUUUGCUUUGCGGUGCCGGUGGGGGAAGGACGAGCCGCUCGGAACUCUGAUAUACAUAUUUUUUUUUUCCUUUCUACUUCUUCUCCGUCCCCCAGUUGACAGCUGAUGAGCCAGGAGAUGGAGAACAAGGCCGUGUACUCGAGUACGUACGAGGACCGGGAGAGCGCGUCCGUGUACGAGGACGCCUACGAUGGGCGCAACCUGUCCAAGCUCAACCUGUGUGACGAAGGUUCUGGAAAGCGGCGCAGGAAACAGGAUCAGUGUUGCGCUCAGCUCAACUCUCUGGCGGCCAUCAAGUACGCCAUCGUGUCGCUCUACGUGCUGGUGCUGCUCACGAUCUUCGGACUCUGCCUGGCAGUGUCUCGCUCCCAGUCCUGGUCGCAGCGGCAGCAGGUGCUGAUGGAGAACGUCACCCAGAUGUCGGAGCGCUCUCGGCUGCUUCAGCGGACGUUGGGCGAGGGGCCCGAUCGGGCCGAUCUCCUGGAGAACAUCUGGAAGCUGGAGAAUCUCUUCCAGAACCACAGUGACAGGCUGCAAAAGCUCGAGGGUCUCGUCAAGAGCCUGGAAGUGGAGUUGAGAAGCACGCAAGCUCACUCCCUGCAGUCCGAAGGCUACCUGGUGCAGCUGGACGACCGUCUGUCUUCGUUCAGCACCUCCGCCGGCAGGAACCUGACCGGCCUGACUGCCGAGGUGGUGCGCACCUCCACUUGGCUCCACGAUCACAACCUGCUCCUCAGGGAGACCUCAGGUCAGGUGAGCGGACUGAGAGACAAGUUGGACGAGGUUCACUGGAUGGUGGGAGCUGUCAAUCACACCGUCAGCAACGACAUCAAUAUUCAUCACUUGAAAAUACAAGAUCUGCAGAUUCAGAUCAGCAACAUCACGGAGGACACGUCCAGUCUGUGGGUGACCCACGUCCACACGGAGGCGCAGCUGAGGAACGAGAUGGAGAUCUUGAACACCCUCACCGAGGACCUGCGCCUCAAGGAUUGGGAGCACUCCCUGGCCCUGAAAAACAUCAGCUUCGUAGAAGGACCUCCGGGGCCAAAAGGAGAGAAGGGUGACACCGGACCCCUGGGGCGCACCGGGGCCCCCGGAUUAACGGGUUUAAGAGGAUUUUCUGGAGAAAAGGGCAUCCAGGGUCUUCGUGGAAUCAAAGGAUCCAGUGGUGACAACGGCAAUCGAGGUGAAAAGGGAGAAAUUGGACCUGCCGGACCAAAAGGCGAACGUGGGGAGCGAGGGAUGAAAGGAGAUAAGGGUGACAGAGGAGUAAAAACAGUGGAGGACCCCCUGGUGCGACUGGUGAACGGCUCGGGCCCCCACGAGGGCCGCGUGGAGGUCUUCCACGAGCGGCGCUGGGGGACGGUGUGCGACGACGUGUGGGACAAGAAGGACGGCGACGUGGUGUGCAGGAUGCUGGGGUACCGAGCGGCCGCCGAGGUCCACAAGACGGGACGCUUCGGACAAGGCAGCGGCCUGAUCUGGAUGGACGACGUGGCGUGCACGGGUUCCGAGGACGCCAUCCACGAGUGCAAGUUCUCCGGUUGGGGCAAAACCAACUGCGGCCACGUGGAGGACGCCGGCGUCACGUGCCUCGUCUAACGGGACUUGGACCGCCUCACAAACGCACGGGUUCCGCUCCUUUUGUCCCGGACACCUCGUGGUCCUUGUCGCUACUGGCGCAGGAAGUGGGACCGUUUUCGCGUUGAUGGACGGACGUCGAGGCUUUCAAAGGCGAGAUCUGUCAAACCUCCAUUUUGGGACAGCCGAUGGCACCGCUUCGCCUCCACGGCGCCCACGUGGCGGCCUUGUAAAGAUUUCCGAUCGUCACCGUUUUUGCGCCGUACUAUGAGGACCCGGGCUCCGCGGUACCGGGACUGCAUUUCUUGUACUUUGUAUUCCGUCUCAACUCAACGGCCUUUAGGAGAGCUUACAACCUACUCACAAAGUCGGCGGAUACUCCAAACGCAAAGACACAAAUGCAGCAAAAUCAUGGACUCGUUCGCUGCCAGUCGUUUUACCGCAUUUCCACUGAUCCUUCAAGACAGAAUAUUUUCUUCUGUGACAAUAUGAGCACCAAACCUGCCAAAAGAAACACUCGAUUCUCGUCUUUCACUCGGAAAAGGGUGUUUUCCCUUCUUUAAUCAUCAGCAGUACGUAGCGUGCCUUUAUUUCUGAGUAAAAAGCAAAACAGUGACUUUUACAAGAACAUUUUGUGCUUUUAUCAAACUAUUAAAGAACAAAAACAAGACGUCGAAAGGGCUUUUGAUCGCAAAAACACGUAUUUACAGAUCUUCCACUGAGAAAGGCGCCGACUCACCGCGCGACUCAAGUUGAACCGUUUUUACACGCAUUUACAGUUCAUCAUGUCGCCAUUUGUCACUCUCAGUUUGAAAUGAAUCUUUCAUCUCGUUCAUCUUUGUCUUCUACUCAAAAGCUGCUCUGAUCGGAAAGCCGAUGCAAUGCAACGCCGCCCUCUACAGAGAUCAGUUCGUCAUUGCAGUAGCUUCCAAACCUGAAUUUCACAGACAAGCUCUUCCACGGCUACCAGUUGAAACAUGUACUUCACAAAUUCAUACGUCGCAAUCUAUGCUUUGAUUGAUAUCGUGACACCCACGGAAAUCCUUAAAUCUACGCCGUGAAAUGGUAGUCAACAAAUCCCCGAAUCCCAAAACAAUAGCGUUUAUCCGUUUUUUUUUGGAAAGAGGUGCUCGUAGUCGGCACUGUACGUCCCAGCGGUGUGUUUCCCAUUAAAGUUUUUGUCUUUUCUUUUUAUUGCGUCACAUUCCGACGCAGUGGAAGUGACGCCAAAGCGAACGCGCGGCUUCCGUUUUGUUUAUUCUCCCCGUCCUGCUUUGUCAUCACAACUCGUCGCGUCUGCCUGGCCAAAGAGACGCAAACGGCUCAAAUUAUCUCGCGCUCUCCUCUGCGACGCCGGCUCAACGCGGCGAGACCGCUCCGUCGCGGCGGUUUAGCAUGCUAACGUGCCAGCGUGCUAGUUUUUCCUCUCAGUGUAACAAAUUGCCAGCGGCAUCCCGUUGAAGUGACGGCAAAUUCCAUCGGAUUGUUGCUGUUACAUCACCGACCCUUUGUUGCUAGGCGGAAUUUGUCGCCCAUAACCAUUCCUCAUUCGUAGAGCACGUUAGUGACGUCCACUUCAAAACCGGAAGUACAUAACUCCAAAAACUGAUUUGAAAUCGAAUCACGCUCGUGUAUUAAAUAAAGAAAGACGAGACACCACCACAUUUUUUCAUAACCGCUAAUCCAGACAGGAAGCCGAGAAUUGCAAAUUUCUCGCGGCUCGACUCAUGUUUUCUCGUGAUCACGUCAAAAUCGUUUUCACGCCGUACUUUUUGAAGAUGAGAAGCGCUCUCAGCCAUUCGCUUAUUUUUAACGUUCUUUCUUGCAUGUCAUACAUGUGUUCUACAUUAUGCGGCGGCGGCGUUCAACAUUUACUGGAAGGGCUACGACGACACGGCAACCCCCAAAAUAUUUCGCAGUGUGUCGUUUGAUUUGUACUACUACUACUAAAAAACUGCAUAUGCACUGCCGAGACAAUUUAUGUAUUUUAACAGGUGAGCUUGCUUUUUUGCUGGCAAUGUUUUUUGAUUGACAGCCCCGAGGUGCAAAUUCCACUUAUGAGCGUUCCCACGUGUGACGCUUACAACUUGGUUAACCGGCACCAACUUAUUUUUUAAAAUUUAAUAUAAUCCAAUGAUACUUAAAUAUAAUAAUAAAAAAAAAAAAAAGAAUUUCCCUGAAAAGUACAAAAAAAAGCGGUUUUGUACACGGCAUUAAAAAAAUUUUUAUAAUGUGUUUUGCAAUAUGGAAAAUAGCACUUUAUCACACUGUACUUUAUAAUAAUAAAGAAACAUAACAGUUUGUACAGCUUGAUUAAUUGAUCGUGGCGCCUUCUAGUGUGCUUGAGCAAGCCAUUGGGCGUCGGUAUCAUAGAAUUAUUCAGACAAAUGAACUUUGUUUUAUUAUGGAGUUUUACUCAACUCGUAAUCUGUUCGGGGGAUAAAGAAUAUUGGAAGUUAGAUUGUCUGUCUACAUAUAUUGCUGCAUUGUUUGUUGUCCCAUGAUCUUGAUAAUUCUACAGUAAAUGGGCGUGUGUUUACGGUUCAUUAUGAGUGUCUUUUCAGUCUUAACGUGAAUAUGCUGUACAUUCAAAUGUACAUUCCGAUAUCCUAUUUCAUUUUCUCUUGUCUUACUUUUCAUUUUUCCCACAGUGUCUAAAAUUCGUGACAGUUUGAUGGCCGUUUAAGGGCCCUCGGGGCACGUUCCAAACUCACGUUUGAGAGACCCGACGUUAUGUCGCUCAGUCAAAUCACUCGCACGGUGUCGUAAAUUCUUUUUGUCCGUUUAUUGAUUUACGGCACCGUGCAGGGCAGUAAUAUUUCAUUUUCUAAUCACAAAGGGAACGCGAAGCUGCCACAAGAAAUGUGUCUUCAUUUGCCGUGCAGGUGCAGCGGGCUUCAUUCCAUUUGCUUACGUAGACGUUGCGAGAGGCCGCUCACUCCGGUCGGGCACGCGCGAAUCGAUUCGCAUCUAUGCGGAAUGAGAGGCCAUUUUGAUGUCUGAGGAUUGGAAGCAGGCGUCAUAAUAAAUCACUGUAGGCCGGCUGAUGUUUUCUUUUCUCGUGAUGAUUUUUGUUCUGCUUUCCCUCAAGAUGAAUGCUUUGAGUCGGCUUGAUUACGUCCGUGAUGUUGUCAGAGCACACCGAGGCAUGCGCCUGCAUUAACCGCAAAACGUGGGGCCCACCUCCCCUGGAGCAGAAAUGAAAUGAAGACGAGAGCAUUAUUUGCCGUCCAUCGCAUUCCUCCUCCCCAAACUCAAAAGAAGAGUUCUGCCCGGGCCCGAAGUGGGGACAACACGUCCAUUGUGAAGGAGGAAAACAUGGAGGUCAAUUGCAGACAAAUGUAAUCAU